AUGUUCGCAGCGUUCAAGCACACACAUACCUUGUGGUCGCGGCAUGUCUCUACGUGCACGCCCACGGCGCGCAGUCUCGUUAUCUCCAUCCUUUCCAACCACCCUGAGGGUCUCCGCAGCCCCCAAAUCUUCGAAGAAGCUUUGGCUAAAAACAUAACCAUAGACGCGGAUGAGCUUGCUGCCAAUGGGCUGGGACAACAACGACUACCUGCGGGUGUACCCGGUGUACCCUAUCCAGAUCAUCCAAUCCGGUCCAUGAAAUACCUGAAGAAAGUCGUACUGGAAGACUUGAAAGCCCAGAAGUUGGCAGUAAAAUUUCAUGUCCCAAGUGAGACUCCGACGCAUAUCUAUGUGAACAAGAAGGGGAAGCUACGGAAACACCUGCGGCAGGGUGAAUGGCGAUGGAAGCUUCGCGACAGCACCGAGGGCACAGAAACUCCGUAG